CCAGUUAUUGAAAUCACGUCUUCUUCGCGGACCGAAUCGGGAAAAACCACGGAAAAACCCUAGUCAGUUGCAGAGACUGGUCUUACAUCUACGUUCUCUGUGUAAGAUCGGACUUGCAGUGCGCUUGCGUAGAACCGCUAAUUUUCUCGACAGGUUUGGGAAUCAGAAGAUUACGAAAUGCGCCUCUGGUUGAUGUAGAUGAGGAAGUUCCAUAAGCGCACGAGGAUUUGCAUCCUCAUCCUGCUCGUCGUCUGUUUUUGCGUUCCUGUCUUCUUCCUACCUCACAGGAUAAAACAUUUUCAUGUUCAUGAGUCGAGCCAAUUUAUUGAAGAUUUAUCUAUUGUGAAGCAUAGAACCGAUGCUUAUGCCUCCCGUGCAAUAGAGGAGGAAGAAGGCCAAAAUGUCAAAGAGCCACACCAUGCUGUUUACAAAGACGACAAGUUUCGUACCAGUCCUGUAAUUGAGAAUAAUAGGUCUGGUCAGUCUGAAAGGUCAAAUAAUGCUGCCUUGGGAGAAAAUGGAAACUUGCAAGAUGUUAAACAAGAGAAUCAAUCGAGUCAGAAUGAGAAAGCAGUACAAAAACCAAAGGGAAAUAAAUUCCAUUUCCCAGAAGCCACUGGAUGUGAAGUUGAAGGAGAUAAAAGACCAGCUUAUUAGAGCAAAAUUAUACCUGAGUUUUUCUCCCCAAGGUAGCAAAUCUCAUUUUGUGAAAGAGAUGAAGCUGCGAAUCAAAGAUCUGGAAAAAGCUAUUGUUAGCCUCUUUUUCAGGGCUUUGCAGAAGAUGAAAGUCAUGGAAGUGACCUUAUCAAAAGCUAGCCGCAUCUACCCGGAAUGCACACCUAUGGUGAAAAAACUUCGUGCUAUGACAUAUAAUACUGAACAGCAACUCAAAGCACACAAGAAUCAUGUUGGCUUUCUUCUAAAGAUAGCUGAAAGAGCUACACCUAAGGGCCUACAUUGCCUUUCCAUGCGAUUGACUGCUGAAUAUUUCUCACUGUCACUUAAAGAGAGGGAAUUCCCUAACCAACAUAAGUUGCAUCAUCCAGAUCGAUAUCACUUUGCUGUAUUCUCUGACAACAUUUUGGCAUGUUCUGCUGUUGUCAAUUCAACCGUUUCCUCUGCCAUGAAUUCCGAGAGAAUUGUCUUUCACAUAUUCACUGAUUCUAUUACCCUCCCUGCAAUGUCGAUGUGGUUUUUGUCGAACCCUCCAGGCAAUGCAACAAUUCAUAUCCAGAGCAUUGAAAAUAUUAAAUGGUUAUACACCCAAUACCAUUCAAUUGUGCAGAAGCAAGGUUCACUUGAUCCAAAAUAUAUGUCUGCGUUGAACCACUUGCGGUUUUAUUUGCCAGAUAUUUUUCCUACACUAGACAAGAUUGUGUUUCUUGACCAUGACGUAGUUGUGCAAAAGGAUCUCUCGGCUCUUUGGAAAAUUAACAUGAGGGGUAAAGUGAAUGGAGCUGUACAGACCUGUGAACAAGAAGAUCCUUCAUUUCGCCGGAUGGAUGUGUUUAUAAACUUCACUGACCCCAAUAUGGCAAAUAGAUUUGAUAAGGAAACAUGCACAUGGGCAUUUGGGAUGAAUUUGUUUGAUCUGCAAGAAUGGAGGAGGCAGAAUUUAACCGGAGUCUAUCACAAGUAUUUGCAGCUGGGGAACAAGAAUCCAAUACUGACAGCCGGCAGUUUGCCCAUAGGCUGGAUAACCUUUUACAACCAGACACUGGCUCUGGACAGAAGGUGGCACCUCCUCGGGUUGGGCUACGACUCGGGCAGGGAGCAACGUGAGAUUGAGCGGGCAGCGGUAAUCCAUUUCAAUGGGGCAAUGAAACCGUGGUUGGAAAUGGGGAUCGAGAAGUACAGGUCUGCUUGGAGGAAGUAUGUUAACUAUGAACUCCCAUACCUUCAACAGUGCAAUAUACACAUCUAAUCAAUAGCUCUCCCAAAAGUUUUGAACAAUUUUUGUGUCCCCAUUUGGAUAUAGCUUGUUCGGACCAAACACUUGCAUGAAAAUCAGGGCACCCUAAUUUUUUUCAUUUUCUAAUUGGGAAUGCGUUAAUGCUCAUCAGCCGGCCAAUGUUAUUUUCUUUUUCCUCGGCUAUACCAUCAAUUGAGUUUGUUUUGUUUCUUUUGUAAAAAAGAAAAAAAGUGCUCUAGG